AUGUGCACGCCUUUUCCGAUCAAUAAAAAACAUGAACUUUUCGUUUUGAAUUUAGGACAAGGUAAAGUUACACAUUUUCUCUUUUACUGCCUGUAUCAUCUAUUGUUGCCCGUGCCAAAAACAUGUGUAAUAGAAUUGAGUCCAGUACUACCUCUAUUGAUCAGAACAUGUAUAAAAGUUUCAAAACCUACUCCGGACAAUGCGUACUUUAUGCGAAAACUGCAUAAAAAUUGGUUUAGUGGUUUCGAAGCUAAUCUAUGACAAAGAUUUCAAUUUAAGUUAUUAUAUAUGUAUAGAGAGAGAAUCAAUAAAUAAUACAUGUAGGUAGAUAGAUACAAUAGACAUGACAUAAUCAACAAAAUUAUAAUAAUAUAUACUAUAUUACCAAAGUGACUUUAUCAACAAAAAUCAUAUCCCAAAUACCAACAUCCCUGUGUCAGCUAUCCUUUAUGAGUCGAAUUUCUGGAAUUUCGAUAGCUGUAAUAGCUACAAUAGCCUUCUCGGUACAAUGCGGAUCCAAUUUAGGAAAAAUCUUGUAAAAUCGGUCCAGUGGAUUUUCAGUUUAUUAAGGACAUACAGACAGACAAAUAUUCACUUUUAUAUAUCUACACGCAAUAUCUAAAUUUUUCACUAGAAAGGAAUUUCCCAUUCCUUCUCCGUUAGUUAAUUCAUCGAUAAUAAUGUUAUAUAUAUAUUAUCUUAAAAUUAAAUGACUAUCGAGUAUUACGAAUAACUAUAUCUUACAGACCUGGACAAUAGUAGCGAUCAUUUUGUUUGUGUACUUUUUAAAUAGAAUUUUGUUUUUUAAAUAGUUAUACAAUCAAAUUAAAAAUUGUUUUUGAUAUAGGUGAUUCAAUCAAUCCAGAUACAAGUCUUCAAGAUAUUAAAAAAAUACCACCCAAUGUUUAUACAGAACAUGCGCAACUAUCUGUAAACCACAGCACACAGGAAAUAGACUUAGAAGAUAUUAAAACAAAUUCAACAAAACUUUAUUUUGAAAAAACAAAAUCAAUGUUGCAGCGUUUACCUACCAUAGCCAAAGAAAUAGCCAAUGCCGUAGUCUCAGACAUAGACACCGACGUAACUUCAAAUCUACCCGAAGGCGAACCUGUAACCUUUCAAUUAUUGACGAUUCUUUUUACCAAACUGAAAAAAGUAAACGCAUUUCUCUCGUGAUAUAAUUAAUAAUAUCGUAAACAAUUUAACAAUUUAACAAUUCAUUACACAGCAAUUACAGAACCUCAAAGGUAAUAAUUUAGUUAAGUUUAUUGUCUAUUAUACCGAUAAAUAUUCAAUAUUAGUAUAUUCAAUAAUAAUCAUACUAUUUAAUUAAAUAUAUAUGACAUAAAUAAUUUACAAAUCAGACGAUUGAGUGGCGAAAUGUAAAAACAAAAUUGAUAUAACGACGAGUAUGGCACACUGACACCGUGUUAACCACGGAAGAAGAUAGUUUAAUGUAACGCGCAUCGGUACUAUUAUGGUGAGAACCCAGAGUCGCGAAAGGUGUACAUGGUAACGGUUCGCAAAUGUUUCCAUUGUUAUUACAUAAAAAUGCAAAUUGACUGGUUUUAAAGCCACCUAAUUUAGUGUGACAUUUUGAACCACGAUACUUAUGUCAUUAAUAUUUAUUACAUUGACGUAUUAUCAUACCUAUAAAUGUCGUUGAAAUUAUUGUCCAUUUCUUUUAUGAACCCUUCACUCCAUACCUGUGUUAAGUUCGUCAAUCUGUUGCCACCAAAAUCUAAAUAAUAUGGAUUCUCAAUGGUAGAAAUUCUAUUCAAGUGUUGUGGUCGACGUCGUUUUUUCCAGUUGACUUAUCGACACGCGCGCGGUGACCACAUGCGGGGGAUUGAAUUUCUGGAAACAUCGCCGGAAUCAGAAUGGGGUCAGUUCGAAGUUUAA